UUCAGUGGUAAUUCAGUUCCCUGCCCCACCACAGGCCCAGAGUACAUACUGGGUCUUCCUGUUCCGGAGUUAAGUUUUGGUAUGGUCACCCUCAAAAAACAAAGUUUUGGAAUGGUCCCCUGAAAAAAGCCUUAUUCCCUCCAGAGAACUUCGACAUGCUCCUGCGGUGUACUGCUCUAAGUGCAGGCCGGAGCAACGAGACCAAACUGCCCCUCGUCUCCAGGCCUUAACUUAACUAACUCCAGCCCCAGUGCUCGCAUGACCAUGGAUCCUCUCACUCGCAUCGCAUGCCAGUAGGGAAUGUGACAGCCUGAUGUGACCUCGGUUCAACUCCUCACCGCCUUCUCCCCGCGCGCGCCGGCCCAGAUGUUCCUCCACCACCUCUUGCUGCAAAACAUGGCCAAGAACACACACCAACCAAGAUCGAAAGACGGCAGAGCGAGAGGCCUGUCCAAUAAGUCGCCGUGGUACCAGCGCGCGGUGGAGCUGCUGCUCCUCAUCUGGAAGCAGCCGGCGGGGGCGCCGACGACGACGAAGGCGGCCGCGGCGGCGGGGGUGUCGGCCACCGGCAAGGCUGCGGCGGCGCCGGCGCCGGCCGGGCCGGGGAGGCUGCGCAAGUCGUCGUCGCUGAACGUGGCGGCGUCGUUCACGCGCGUCUGCCUCUGCGCGCCCAUCUCCUCCUACAACGAGCCGUCGCUCUACUUCCAGCCGGGCGACGUGGCGCCGCGCCGCAGCUACAGCUACCCGCGCGCGUCGUCGGCCUCGGCGUCCGGGUGCGGCGCGAACGCCAACGCCAGCCCGCUGGUGGCCCCGCCGCCGGGCGCCGAGCCGCACCGCGGGGCGUCGGGUGGCGGGGAGGCCGCGCGGCGGCCGGUGUUCCGCGGCAAGUCGCUGACGGACGACCACCUGAUGCGGCGGUUCGUGGUGGACGAGGGCGCCACGCGGCGGCGGAACCAGAUGGAGGUGAUCCGGCGGCGGCACGCCACGGCGGCCAAGCGCCGGCGCCUGGGCCCCAGCCCGCUCCGCCGGAUGGUGCUGGCGGAGUCGGAGUCGGAGGGCGACGACGAGGCGGUGGCGGAGACGCAACAGCGGGAGCGGAAGCGGGCGUCGGUAGCGUAGCACCGGCGUGGCGUGAAGCUUCCUUCCCCUGCUCGCUUCCCGUUCACUCACUCACUCACUCACCCCUCGUCGUUUUCCUUUUGUUCUCUCUCACUCACUUGUGUUGUUGUCGAUAUCAUGUCACGCAUGAACAAUUUUGAGCAGCGAUGUUUUUACUGGUGCACGCGACGUUUGGUGCAUUCGUGUCCUUU